CGGCCCCGCCUCUGAGGCCGGGCGGGGCGGGAGCGGGCCCGGCCGCAGCCGCAGCGCCCAGGGGCUCCCGGCUGGAGGAGGCCCGGCCAUGGGGGAUUUUCAGAUCUCGGUGGAGGAGCUGAACGAGCUCCUGUCCGAUAGCAGCGGCUGCUACAGCCUGCCCAGCGCGCACAGCAACGAGGUGGUGCCGCGCAUCCACGUGGGGAACGCGUUCAUAGCCAAGAACAUUAUGAGGCUGCAGCGUCUGGGGAUAACCCAUGUUCUGAAUGCAGCAGAGGGGAAAUCAUUCAUGCAUGUGAACACUAAUGCAGAGUUCUAUGAAGGCACAGGCAUCACAUACCAUGGCAUUAAAGCUAACGAUACACAGGAGUUUAACCUCAGUCGCUAUUUUGAGGAGGCAGCUGAUUUUAUUGAGAAAGCCCUUUCCCAGAAGGAUGGCCAGGUGCUGGUGCACUGCCGGGAGGGCUACAGCCGCUCGCCCACGCUGGUCAUCGCCUACCUGAUGCUGCGGCGCCGCAUGGGCGUGCGCGCCGCGCUCUGCGCCGUGCGCCAGCAGCGCGAGAUCGGCCCCAACGACGGCUUCCUGCGCCAGCUCUGCCAGCUCAACCAGCGCCUGCUGCAGGAGGGAAAGCUCCAGCCCUAGGGCUCUGCACUGCUCUGUUUGCUCCGAGGCUUCUCGGGCCUUCCGGGAGCCGGAUUGCAACCACCAGGCUAAAGCGAAGCGGAAUUGCUGCUUGUCCAGUCGAAGCAUCCUCCUGGAGCUCUGUGACUGUGGUUCAGGGCGGUACAGAAUUGUGACUGUGGUUCAGGGCGGUACAGAAUUGUGACUGUGGUUCAGGGUGGUACAGAGUGGUGUCACUGGUGGGAGCUGUUGCCAUAAGGAGAUGUUUUUAGAGGGAUAACAGCUGUCUUCACUCAUAUUUCAGAGCCCCUGCAGACUCCAUAGCGUAUGUGGUUUGCAUUGACGCUGAAUGUGAUUUAUUUAAGCUUUCUCUUGAAUCUCACCAAAGCACCAGUUCCCAAAAGCCCCAACACUUCACUCACUCUUCAUGGGAGCACUUUAAUUUCUAAGGCUUCUUUUUCACGCACACAGGUGCCUAAAGAAGGAAAGAUUGUAUAAAACAUGGGAAUGAGAGCUUUCUUUACAUGUAAGAUGAAAUUGAGAACGCAUAGGAAGAAAUAGAACUUGAAUGUAGGAGCUUCAAGGAGUGGGAAGCAUAUAUACAAAUGCACAGAUGCAUUCACUUGGAAGGUGAAGUGCAUGCAGUGUUUUGUGUGGAUUUAUGCAAUACACAGUGUGAUGGUAAAGCCAUUCACAGCCCAUGCUUGAUGCACACUGUCUUUCCAAGAAUAGGUUUUUAUCUCUUGCUGUUACAAUGGAUCUGAAAUGGUCUGUUAUUAAAUGCUCUUUUAUUUUUAUUUUACAAUCAUAAUAGAAAAAAAUGUCAAGAGCAAAUGCUGAGGGAAGAACGUGAACAAGGAAGAAAUACUAUUACUGCUUGUGGGGGAUGUAUAAUUAAGUCCUAACUAUCCUAAUAUAAUGGCUUUUAAUGCUUGUAUGGAAUUACAGUGUCUUUAUCUCUUUACUGUCACUGUUCAGUAACACAGAAUGACCACACGUGCAGAUUACUUCCAGCACUGGUGUGCUUACAAAGCAGUUUACAGAACACUCUUGACUUCUUGGAUUGUUUGCAUGGUGUCAUUAAAUAGAGAUGAGCAUUGUGAUGUACCACACUGUAUAGGAAAUAUUUAUGUUCUGUUCAAAUAAAUGAUUCUGUUUACUACA